AUGGCAUGCCCAUUUUUGGACAACCCCGUAGAGCUGGGAGUGCAAAUUGAGAUGAUCACUGAGUGGCAAAACCCUCUGUUUCUCCCAGAUGAUGCACUCAUUGAACGUUAUAGGUUCUCAGUGGAAGGAAUAAAAUAUCUGUGUGUGCUUCUGGAGCACACACAGAGUCAUGCACUGAGCGUUCAGCAGACAGUCUGCAUUGCAUUACGUUUUUUUGCCAUAGGCACAUUCAUGUAUGCAGUCGGAGAUGCUGAAAAUCUAAGUAAGAACACUGUGUGUUCCACAAUUCAUAAGGUUACUGGUGCACUUGUUGAUACGUUGGAUAUGUUUGCCGUGUUCUUGGGACACUUGCCGACACAGGCUAUAAAGAGGGCCUCUACAAGAUCGCAGGUAACCUGAUUCCCAAGAGUGAUCGGUGUGAUAGAUUGCACGCACAUCCCCAUUCCCGGCCCUUUGGGUGAAAAUGAGGCAGACUACGUCAACCGUAAAUCAUUUCACAGCCUCAUUGUUCAGAUGACUUGUGACCAUAACUACCUCGUCACAAGUGUUGAGGCGAAGUGGCCCAGGUCAGUUCAUGACUCCCUGAUCUUUAGGGAAUCAAAGAUGUGUCUUCAACAAAGAUUUAAAUCAGGGCUGUUCAGGGGGUUUCUGCUGGGAGACAGGGGCUAUGCCUGCCAAGCAUCACUUAUGACCCCUUACCCUGACCCUGAAGCAGGACCACAAACGUCAUUCAACGAGGCCCUGGCAAAACCCCGCUCAAGAAUUGAGAAUACAAUUGGGAUUCUUAAAGCUAGAUUUACCUCCUUGCAGUGGUUGAGAGUGGCACCUGACAGAGCCUGCAAAAUAAUGUGUUGUGUUAUUCUUCACAACAUUGCCGCAAUUCGGAAGGAAAGGGCCCCUGUUGUGAACCCCCACCCCCCUGAUGUUGUGGACCCCAUCACCUUGGACUUUCCCACUGGAAGGGCAGUAAGAGCAGCCAUAACCCAACAAUUCUUCACUUGAACAAAGGACUUGUU